CCUCGCCAUUUUGACUCUGCGGUAUCGCGAGGGCGUAUUUGAGCCGUCUUACAAGGUAUUGACAUCGUCACCUUAACUUAGAAACGCUUUGCGAAUUUGCCCAGCCUUGGGGCUUUUCAGCUGGCCUCAGGCUUGUAAGCCAUGCUCAAGCCACAUAUGUGUGGGGGCCUGUAGUUCUCAUUCGUCAAGAUUGAAUGGAACCCUUAGGGAGGCGAAGUACGGUGGUGGCAUUGUUACGCAAAACUCACAUCGUCCAAUCCUGCCCCUAGGUGCAUAAGCGUAUGUGUGUAUGUAACCUCGUCAAGCGCGAAUUCUUUCCUUUUACCACAACUACUUGAAGUCUUUGAAUUUCCUCUUCUAUCCCUGCGAAAUGGCCACCGCACAUGCAGAAGGUUCCACAUCUACUGAAUUCGAGAUCGAGCUUGGGUCCAUUCGCAGUGAGGAUCAGCUUACGUCUGAGUCGCGGUUAAGCACCGAUACACCUCUACUGCAGCCCCUUCACCGCGACGAACGAGCUGUCUCUAGCUCCGAAGAGAGCCUGCGCAUAGCAUACGAUACAAGUCACAGUGCCUCUUCGGACUAUGAGCUUGUGGGCUCUUCUUUGGUCGAAAAACAACCGGAAGCACCUCGAGGCUGGCCAGCCUCAUCGCAGCGUAUCAAGAUCUCGACUACUACUACCAUCUGGAGCAUCUUGGUCGACAUUUCCUUGCUGGCACUCUCGACCGCGUUCUUGGCUUUCGCUCUCUUUGUCUCGGCCUAUGACCAGAAACCGACAAAGUCACACCAACAAGCAGCGGAGAGAUUUAUACAAGCUUCCACAUGGGGUCCUACCAUUUAUCCUAUACUUUUCGCCUCCAUUGUUGGAAGAGCCACCCAUGCGAUCCUGCUUUGGAGGCUCGAAAGAGGCGAAAGAAUCGCUACCUUAGACAUACUGGCCGGUAGUUCAUCGCUUACCAGUACCGUCGUAUCACAAUUUCACCUGCGUGUCGUCAGUUAUGUGGGCCUUGGCCUUGUCGCUAUCUGGAUGCUGUCUCCCGUGGGUGGUCAAUCAUCGUUCCGGCAGAUAAGCUUUGGCUCAAGCGGAGUAUCGGAAGAUGCUGUAGUGUCGUAUGUGGUUCCCGGCCCUCAUCCUUGGACAGCUGGUGCGAACGGAGACAUGAAUACGACAUUAUUCGAAAACCUAGAUACACCACUGAACCAAAAUCUAGAGACAUCACUGAACACCAUCUACUUGGCUGGUCUGAUUAGUCCAACGACCAAGGAAGGCUCUCCACGCGAUGCUUGGGGCCAUGUGAAAGUUCCACGGAUUGAGAGCUAUGAGGACACCAUCACUAAGGACAAUGAAGGAUGGUACAAGGUACAAAACAGCACCGUGGAAAAUUUCUCUUCUUUCAUUGGCAUACCCAUAAGUGGCAUAGACUCGCCAAGCUUCAUCGAUUACGCUACCAGUAUCGAGGCUGUGUACUACGACCUAAAUUGUUAUAAGGUAUCUUCAGAUACACAAUUUCUGUUCAACGCAUCUUCCUGGUUAGGAGAUUUGAAGUGGAACGAAGACAUCACGAAACGUACCGACUGGUUGCCGGAGGAAGAUCUCGCACCAGUGAGCUUUGUCCUGGUUACACCACCCGAACGAUCAGCCUUUCCGUUCAGCCUAGAGCGGGGUCGUUUCAACUGUACCAUCAGAUCAACCUACGUCGAAGUAGAGAUCUCCUGUCCUACUUAUUCUACCUGCUUUGCAGCCCGUGUACGGCGCUCUCGUCUUCCAGUACCACCCGCAGCGUAUAUGAGAACAGAUUGGAUAACCCUCAUCAAGUCCAACUCGAGCCUUUUCUCCGAACAAUAUUUGAGAGUACCUGAGGAUCUGAGCAAUACGAUGAGCAAGGAAGCUCCUUUGCCACAUUCAGACACGGCUGCGAUACGUCUGAGCCAAAUGCUCAAUUCUUAUUGGGCCGUGAUGAAUAUCAAAAACGUCAUCAUCGGUAGUUUCAACGUUCAGACCACUGUAUUAGACCGUAACAUCUCCUGGCAUUACCAAGACAAGUGGCAGAUAGAGUUGAAAGCAGAAGUGUUGGACAUUUUUUCCCUUGCGAGGGUAUGGACAAGCAAAGCUACGAAAGGCAGCAACGUGGAGGUCUUCCAGGCCCAUGUAGGCUGGGUUGUCGCUCUCAUCAUUUCUUCAGUGGUUCUGAUCACAGCCAGCGUGAUUCCCUUCUUCAUCCGUACGUACCUUCUACGCGGCCCAGAGGUACUCAUGAACUUUUCCAGUCUGGCAACACGGGAUAACCCCUAUCUACAUCUCCCGGCAACGGGGUCGUAUCUAGACUCUGCAGACAGAUCGCGACAUCUCAAAGAUUUGCAAAUACGAUUCGGAGAUAUAGAGGAAGACAACAAGAUUGGAAGGUUGGCGAUUGGACGAGCGGACGGGGAAGUUGCGUCAUUGAAGAGGGGAAGAAAAUAUGCGUAG